GAGGGAGAUCUUAACUGCUCGAUGAAAGUCGGAUAAAAGUCAUUAUCGUGAAUUGUUAAAUAAAUAAUUGUUAUUGAUGGCAUUAAUCAAAGCAAUUAAGAAUUACUGUUAGAGUUGGUUUCAAUGACUCGGGAUGGGAUGGUCAAUGGUAGCGUGUUUACUAGGAAACUCCUCGGACUCCUGGUGAAGUAGGGAAGUGCAAUAGGGAGAAAGUGACGUUUAGAGCACAAACAAGUUCGUACUUCAGAGCUGCGUUGUGUUCUCACUUCUCAGUUCUCACUUAAGUCGUCCAGGCUGUGCUUUAAGAUUUGCAAGUCGUCCAGGCUGUGCCUUAAGAUUUGCAUGAAAUCCGCAACUUAAGACUCUAGAAUUCAGGUAUUCGGAAUGUCGCGACCGCUUCACCGCAAUAGUAUAUCCGGUGGUGGACGGUUCGCAGAAAGCAACCGUGACUCCUGGGACUCUCAGAUGAAAUCCAAAAGUCCCAGAACAGAGAAGGAUGACGUGGAUAGGAAUCGCUCUACUUCUGAUCACAACUCUCUAUCCCUCCGUUUUCUUGUUAAUUUGAUUUUCCCGGAAAAUUCUUCUUCCAAAUCAGUUCUCAGCGAUAGUGGUUUUGGAUCCGACCCCUUUAACAUGAGCAGUUCCAGAAGUCGGCACAACCUAAUAUUGCUAUUUCUUAGAUUCAGUUUAGUUUUGAUUGUUAUUCUUGCUCUUUUUGGAUCCCUUUGGUGGACAAUCUCCAUCUCUACAUCCUCGAGAGGUUACAUCUUCAAGGGUUAUAGGAAACUACAAGAGCAGCUCAUUUCCGACCUUUCCGACAUUGGAGAUCUCUCUCUAGGUGCUGCAAGAUUGAAAGAGAUGGACUACUGUUCUGAAGAGUCCGAGAACCAUGUUCCGUGUUUCAACAUUUCUCAGAAUCUUGAAUUGGGUUACACUGAAGGCAAUGAGUAUGACCGUCAAUGUGAGCAUGGGUCGAAGCAGAACUGUUUAGUUUUCCCGCCUAGGAAUUACAGAGUUCCACUAAGGUGGCCUACUGGAAGAGAUGUUAUCUGGGUCUCGAAUGUGAAAAUUACAGCUCAAGAGGUUCUUUCUUCUGGAAGCUUGACAAAGAGGAUGAUGAUGUUGGAGGAAGAUCAAAUAUCUUUUCGUUCAGAUUCUAUUAUGUUUGAUGGGGUUGAAGAUUACUCCCAUCAAAUUGCCGAAAUGAUUGGGCUGAGAAAUGAAUCUAAUUUCAUUCAGGCUGGGGUUAGAACCGUCUUGGAUAUAGGUUGCGGCUAUGGUAGUUUUGGAGCCCAUCUCUUCUCAAAACAACUCUUGACAAUGUGCAUUGCAAACUAUGAAGCAUCUGGGAGUCAAGUUCAACUGACUCUAGAAAGAGGUCUUCCUGCUAUGAUUGGUUCUUUUAAAUCUAAACAAUUGCCAUAUCCUUCUCUUUCCUUCGAUAUGGUGCAUUGUGCACGAUGUGGCAUUGACUGGGAUGACAAAGAUGGUAUUUUGUUGGUUGAAGUGGAUAGAGUUUUGAGACCUGGUGGAUACUUCGUUUGGACUUCACCUAUUACCAAUGCUCAAUCUCUUCGUAACAAAGAGAAUCAAAAGAAAUGGACAGUUGUUCACAAUUUUGCAGAAAAUCUCUGCUGGGACAUGUUGUCACAACAAGAGGAAACUGUUGUCUGGAAGAAGACAAGUAAAAAAGAUUGUUAUGCUUCUAGGAAAUCUGGUUCUGGACUUUCCAUCUGCAGUAAAGGUCAAGAUGUUGAAACUCCAUAUUAUCGACCUCUCCAACCUUGCAUUGGAGGAACUCAUAGCCACAGAUGGAUUCCUAUUGAAAGGCGAACAACCUGGCCAUCAAGGGCCAAGUUGAACUCUACAGAACUUGAAGUUCAUGGGGUACAUUCAGAAGAGUUUGCUGAUGAUGCUAUAAACUGGAACUCAGCAGUUCGCAAUUACUGGUCCCUUCUCUCACCCCUGAUCUUCUCAGAUCAUCCAAAGAGACCUGGUGAUGAGGAUCCUUCUCCACCUUAUAACAUGUUAAGGAAUGUCCUAGACAUGAAUGCUCGAUUUGGUGGUUUUAAUUCUGCUUUAUUGGAAAGUGGGAAAACUGUUUGGGUCAUGAACGUAGUUCCUACAAGCGGACCAAACUACCUUCCUUUAAUCCUUGAUAGGGGAUUUGUUGGUGUCUUACAUGACUGGUGUGAGGCAUUUCCAACAUACCCUAGAACUUACGAUAUGGUGCAUGCUGAAGGACUUCUUUCACUUGAAACUGGCCAGCAGCAUAGGUGCACUAUGCUUGAUUUAUUCACUGAGAUGGAUAGGCUUCUUCGCCCAGAGGGAUGGGUGAUACUUCGGGACACAGUGCCUCUUAUUGAAUCUGCCAGAGCCCUUGCUACCCGUUUCAGAUGGGAUGCGCGGGUGGUAGAACUCGAGAGUAACAGUGAUGAAAGGCUCCUUCUCUGCCAAAAACCUUUCUUUAAGAGACAACAAAAGUAAAUAUGAAAUUACAAAGAAAAAGCCUGCAAAGGUUCAUAUCCACAAUAUUCAUUAUUUUUUCUGGAUGUUAGUUAAAUUGUCGUUACAACCACAGAGAUGAAUACUGAAGAGUCAAGAAUUUUGAAGAGGAAAGGCCAACAAGCAAGGAAAAACACAAAAGAAGCGACAAUUGAAUUGGUGUCGGUGACAACAAACUUCUAUGGGACCGCAAGGUCUGCAUAGAGCCCUGUAAUUAGGGAAAAAAAUGUGAGUAGAGGUGCAUGACCGUAUAGGUUUUAUAUUUCUCUAUUAUGUUUCAUUAUAGCCAAUACAAACGGGAUGUGUAGAUUGUUUAGAAGAUGACAGAAUAAACAAGCGAUGCUUUUUGUAGCCAUGACCAAUCAAAGGUUGCCCAAUGCAUUUUUUUUAAUUUUCUUUUUUUUUGCAGAAUUCUCGAUGCAUUUUUUUUUUGUUUUUAAUUUUCUUCUUUUGCAGAAUUCCUGUAUCUUGUUAGUUGUCAAUAAGAUGAUAAAAAUAGUCGGCUUCA